AUGUACAACAAGUGGGAGGCAAAUUUAGGUUUAAAUCAAAUAUUAUUGCAAAUUGAUAUGUUGAGUCAAGAUGAUGAUGGAAUGACUGAAGAAAAGGAUGAAAGUUCAAAUGAAAAUACUUCAGGUGAUGUAGGGACUGACUCUAAUGAUAACAGUGACGAUGAAAUGAUCAAUGAUGAAGAAUCCGACGAAAAUAGCUCGAAUGAUUCAAAGGCUAAGUCAAAUCAUAAAUAUGAUAAUGAAAUGAUUGAUGAUGAAGAGUCUAAUGGAAGUAACCCAAGCGAUUCAGAGAUGGAUUGUAAUGAGGAUAAUGCAUCGAUUACUGAUAAAUCAAGUUUUACUUCGAAAAAUGGUUUGAAAUUACCUACUGGCAUAAGCAUUUCGUCAAAAAGCCAAUGUUGUGUGUGUAGAAUUCAAAUGGUUCCACCAACAGUCACUAUUAAAAAGGAAGAUCGAAGCAUUAUCUUUAUUCGUCGAAAUAUCUUUAUCCCGAAAGGAUCACGCUGCUGCGAAAUUCAUACUUCAAAUGGAUAUUUAUUACGUGAAGACUUUUUCAAAUUGACUGCUUACAAAGACGAUUAUAGAAUAUUCAAUCUUAAUUAUAUUGUGAACACUAUGCAAAAACUGCGAAAAAUGGUCAAUAGUAAUAAAAAUGUAGAUUUCGAUGAUCCUUUAUCGUUAUCAGGCAUCGAAUACAAAAACCUCACUGGCUUUACGCGAACACGGCAUGAUCGUGUUCUCUCAUAUAUUCCCGCAAGUGCUCUAAAAACUUCUAUCAAUCGAUCUCCUCGCUGUGCCAUCGCAUGCUUACUUAUGAAAUUAAGGCUUACGAUGAGCAAUUCGGUAGUUGCUUCGAUGCUGGGCAUUGACAACAAACGAAAAGUGACUGAUAUCAUACAUAGUACUAGUGCUGCUCUUGUUAAAUAUUUCGUUCCGCAUUAUCUUGGCCUUGCACAUAUAAAUCGAGAAAAAAUCAUUAAGAAACAUACAUCAUCAAUUGCUACUCGACUAUUAACAGAAACCUACGUGCAAAAGACUAUGAUAUGUUUUAGUGCUCCUAUGCGCACCCGUUUCCCAAGCUUUUCUGAAGCAAGCUUUUUUAUGGUUUUGUUCAGCAUUUAG